CCUAUUGAGAAAACGGAUAAACAAGAUCGCUAGCGCUGGUCUUUGAACCUGACGUCGGAGAGAGAUGGCGGUGGCAAUGACUGCCCUCAGCUUUAGCCUCUCCUCGGUCCGUCCGGGAUCUGACGCCAGAACCCACCGCCGCGUGGGCGGUGGAGGGCGAAUAAAAUCGGGAAGCACGAUGAAGGUAAAGGCGAUGAGGAUAGAGAAGCCACUAGAAGAGCUGUACAACGUGGGAGUGGAGAGAGGGGUGUCAGCGCAGCGGCUGGAGGAGUUAGGAGUGCAGCGGUGGUCGGUCUGGAAAACGGGAAAGUGCAGAUUGCCGUGGGACUGGCAUGUGGACCAGCUGGUCUACAUCGAAGAAGGGGAAGUGAGGGUGGUUCCCGAAGGGAGCGAGAGGUUCAUGCGGUUCGUGAAGGGAGACYUGGUUCGGUACCCUAAAUGGUUCGAGGCCGAUCUCUACUUCAACGGCUUCUACCAGGAGCGUUACCGGUUCCGUGCCUACGGCGACGAUUAGUGCUUGCUAGGUUUUUAUUUUAAGACUUUCCCUGCUCUCACAAACUGCUUCUGUUCUUGCUAAGGAUUUGUUUUGGGGUGCUGGGCUUUGUUUGGAGAGUUGAGUCUCGUUGUAUUUUGCUUUUGAUUCUUCUCUCUACUUGUUCUGUGUGGAUAAAGUAAUCACCGUGGACGCAUGCGGAACCUCUCUCUCCCUCUCURCAAUGACCUCGUAUAGAAAUGAAAGUUAACUUUGCAGGCUUUUGCAUUC